CGAGGUAACAAGGCGGUGGUUCUCAGGUGAGAGAAUAGAAAACUAUAACUUUUCCUGUUGUCUUAAACUGCCAAACUGGCGAAAAUUGUACCAGUUGAUCAGGAGGGAAUCAUUAUAACUAAUUCAUUAGUCGGAAAAACAGAAAAUAAUGGAGCAGAACAGAAUACAGGACUGUCAUCGUCUGUUUGCCGCGACGAAAACAGCGGAGAAAAUUCACUUAGUUGUGAACAAGUAUCUUCCACUACUGCUAUACCACCAGUAGAGGAAGAAAGGGGGGAAUAUAAAGUCAGAGCAAGAGGAAGUUGUGAUAAUGACUAUAAGCGGACCUUAGCGAACGGAGGUCUUCUGGCAGCGCGUAGAAUGGAAAUGGAAACACUGGUUUCAGGAGAUAAAAAGGACUCGCUACCUCGUGAUGAAAGUAUAAUUAGUGCAGAAGCUCUUAAUUUAACUUUACAUCAAUGUGCUCGAGAUGGCGAUAUUAACAGUACCAAAUUAAUCCUAGAGUACUUGAAUACCCAGAAAAAGUUGCGUAGAAAUAUCAACAAACACGAUGACAAUGAGUUGAGCCCAUUGCAUUAUGCAGUACGCUAUGGCAAUAUAGAUAUUGUGAAGCUGUUGGUUGAAAAUGGUGCACAUAUCAAUGACCCUGGUGAUUAUGGAGCACAGCCAUUACAUUUUGCGGCCAAAUAUAAAAGAGAUGCUUCAAAAAGAUCAGAUGCAACACCAGUCAGUGAAGAUGCUCCUGACGCGGAAGACCUAGCUGAAUAUGGUGUUAUACCCUACUUGGUGGAAAGAGGAGCUGAUAUCAAUGCCCAGGACACAUAUGGCAGCACACCAUUGCAUUUUGCAGCCAUGAGAGGAAACGAUGUUGCUGUCACUCUACUUGUACAGUUCCCUCAUAUCGAAGUUGACAAAGUUGACAAAACUCAAAUGACUGCCUUGCAUACAGCUGCACGUUACAACCAAAAGGCUGUUGCAGAAGCCUUGAUAAAUGCUGGUGCAAAAAUUCGAUGUUUUGAUGAUGAGAGAUGUACACCCUUAUUUUAUGCUUGCUUCCAUGGUUGUUUAGAUAUUGUAAAUCUACUAUUUGAUGCGGCUACAAAAGAAGAUGAAUGGAUUGUUUGUUAUGAGUUGGUUGCUGAUAAAAAUAUAGAUGGGAAAACCUGUCUUCAUGCUGCAGUUGAUGGAGGAUUUGCAGAGGUGGCCAAAAUAUGUUUAAUGAGGGGUGCAGAUGUAAAUGGUGUAGAAUCAGACCGUUCCAUGCCUCUCCAUCGAGCUGCAAUGUCUGGAAAUAUGGAAUGUGUGAAACUGCUGGUGGAUAACAGUGCUAGAAUUGAUGCCUAUGAUGAGGAGCAAUCCACACCACUACAUAAAGCUGCAUUAUAUAAUCAUUAUAAUGUAGUUGACUACCUCAUAAAAUGUGGUGCCCGUGUUAACAAGAGAGAUAGUGACAGUUACACUCCACUACUGUUAGCAGCACUUCGUGGUCAUAGUGAGACCAUUGAGAUAUUAAUGAAUGCUUCUGCGGAUCCUUUAGCUGUGGAUAAAUAUGAAAAAACAGCUAUUUACCUGGCCUCAGAAGAAAACAAAGCAUCAGUUCUCAAGAAACUUUUGGAAUAUCCUGGAAUGAAAGAUCAAGUUCAUGUAAAUGACCAAUAUGGUAAUCGACCUUUACAUGUGGCAGCACAGGAAGGAUUUACAGAAAUUGUGAUGAUUCUUUUAAGUCAUGGAGCUGAUAUUAUGGCUACGAAUGAUGAUGAAGAAACACCAAUACAUUUAGCUUCAAAAUUUGGGCGAACCAACGUUGUUCGUGCACUUGUUAAAGCUGAUAAAACUGUGGUGAAAUCAGAAGAUGAAGAUUCCAAUACACCUUUGCAUAUUGCUGCACUUCAUGGACAUGACAAAGUCGGAGAAAUUCUUAUAAACUUUGGAGCUGAUGUUGGAGCAGUUAACAACAAUAUGUGGACACCACUGGAUUGUGCAGCUGCUAAUGGAUGGACUCAUAUGGCAAUGAUUCUUUUAGACUCUGAUAGUUUAGUUGACCCUGCAGAUAAAUCUAAGACAACUCCUCUCCAUCUUGCAUGCCGUAAUGGACAUCUACGCAUGGUACGGCUCUUACUGCAGAGAAAUGCUAGUGUCAGUCAAAGAGAUUCGGAUGGAAAUAAUUGUCUUGACUUGGCAAUUGAUAAUAAUAACAAUGAUGUUGCUAUGCUAAUUGUCAGUGAUGAUAGGUGGGAAGAGGCAAUGCAAAACGAGACACUUGAUUUAAAAAAAGGCUAUCGUCAAACACCAAUGAGAAAAUUAAUUAGAAAAAUGCCAGAAGUUGCAGAGAAAGUCCUUAGCCAAUGUCUUUCUACUUCUGGUAGUCCAGACAAACCUGAUUAUUCUAUAACCUUCACCUAUAAAUACUUGGAUGACACCUACACAGAUUGGAAGGUUGCUAAGAACAGUGAUGUAGCCUCAUCUUCAGGUUUAAGUUAUGAUGAUGACUUUAAAGUGACACCAGAUGCACUUCCUUACACCACAAAUAUGACCAUGUUGAAAAAGAACCAUCCUUUAAACAUUAUGGCUGAGAACAACCAAGAAAUCUUACUCUCUCAUCCUGUUGUAAAACAACUCCUGAGUUAUAAAUGGUCUUCAUUCGGAGCACCCCUCUACUAUGUGAAUCUCUUUAUUUAUUUGAUCUUUCUCGUCUCUUUUACUGGUUACAUUUUGGAAGCAAAACCUCCUGUUCCUAAUGCUGUUUAUUAUAAUGAAACACACAGCUGUUUCAAUCUUCAGGUGAACCAGGGAUUCUUUAUUAGUUAUGGCAAAUAUGUGGUCAUUGUUCUUGGUGUCCUGAUGUUAUUACGAGAGAUCUUCCAGUUAUUUCAAGCUGGACUUGGCUAUUUAACCUAUGUAAAUCUCCUAGAUUGGGUCACCUACCUCUUUGCCAUUCUUUUUGUGCUUGGUUUUAGUCAAUGUCAACAGCAAGUACUUUACAUUGAGGAGUGGCAAUGGAAUCUUGGAUCAAUAGGAAUAUUUCUAGCAUGGAUUGAUUUGGUGCUCUACGUACAGAAAGUACCUCGUUUUGGCAUCUAUGUCGUUAUGUUUACUGACAUCCUAUACACAUUUAUACAGUUUGCUGUUGUCUUCUCUCUCUUCAUUGUUGCAUUUGCAUUUGGGUUUUUUGCUUUAUUGCGUCAACGAAUAAAUAAUUCACAAGCUGUUGAAUUUGAACAAUUUAGCAAUAUUGGAAAAUCAUUGAUGAAAACCUUUGUUAUGAUGAUUGGAGAACUGGAGUUUGAUGACAUUUUUUUCAGUCCAGAUCAUUCCUUACAAUUUACUGUAACAACAUACCUCAUGUUUUUAGUAUUCUUGAUUCUUGGAUCGAUUAUUAUUAUGAACUUACUGGUUGGUUUGGCUGUAGAUGAUAUUAAAGAAGUACAAAAUAAAGCUACUCUGAAACGUAGAGCCAUGCAGGUGGAUUUGGUACUAGAUCUUGAGAAAAUAAUGCCUUUCUCUUUCCAUAAGAGAAAAAUUAUCAAAUGUCAAACAUUGUAUCCGAAUGCUGUGUACCGUAACCGAAUUGCUCGCAUGUUUCGCAUGACAUCUUAUUCUGAAGAUAUCAACCAAGUGUUAAAUCCUGAGCAGGAUGAGUUACGACGUAUCCAAACAAAUCAAACCAACUUAAAGCAUAAGGUUAACAGGUUAAAUGAUAAUGUGGAAGAGAUUAAAGCCCAGAUGACAAGAGUGGAGAGUAUGUUAAAAGCCGUAAUCAAAAAACAGGAAAUAGAAUGGGAAGAAGAAGACUACCAGGAAGACUAAUACUCCAGGAAUGUUUACAAGUAGUGCUAGAAUUAUUUCUUUUUAAAGAUCUGUCGAAAUCAGAGGAAUCUACUGUUUAUAUUUUGGCCCCUAUUAAAAACUUAUUCCCUUUUUUUUUUCAUCCAUAUUUUUGCAAAAUAUUUUACUGACAAAGUUUUGAUAUUAUUGCUCACAUGGUUUUUCAUUGGUUACAGCAUAGAGCAACUUGUUAGCAAUAUUUUUUGGAAUUAGAUAUAUUCUUCCAUGAAAACAAUCUUAUAUAUCAUCAUCAUUGUCAUCAUUUUCAUUACCACUAUCAUCAUCACUUUAUAUCUGUUUUCCAUGCUGGCAUGAGUUGGACAGAUUGAUAGGAUCUGAUUGAUGGGUCAGUGGACCACAUCUUUCUCUGUCUUAGUUUCAGCAUGUUUUCUACAGCUGGAUGCCCUAAUAUCAACCACUUUAAAGUGUGUACUGGUGCUAAUUUUUUCAUGGCACCUGCAUCAUAGAAAUUACCUUAUCCUCAGCAAAACUAAAGAGUUGUCUUAGUACAGCAUUGUCUCUGCUCGACAUUGCAGAAUGUACUGGGUGUCUUUUUCUUGCGGCACUGGCACUUGUGAGGUCACUUCACCAGACUAAAGAGCCACUACGUCUGAAAGGGGGAAUAGGAGUGACAGAGAGAGGGAUAUUAGUGAUGAUUUUAGUGAGAGAGGAUUAGGAGUUGAGAGAAGCAUGAUGGAAAGAAUGGAUUUGUGAGAGGGCUGUAGUGGAGAGAGUAAACAAAGGAAACAGCAUCAGAAAAGGGUGAUGUGAAGGAUUAGUGGAAAAGGGUGUGAGGGUGAGUCACACAUAGAGUGGUGAGGAUGAUGGGGUCUGUUGAGUUGGUGGUGGGGUAUACAGUGCUAUCCCAUAGUGAGUGGGGUAGAUGGAGGCUGUGGAAAAGGAAAGGGACAUAAAAAUAAGGGUGAUGAAGAAUAGGGAAACUGUGGAGAGAGUGUCAGCAAAUGAAAAAGGAAUAGAAAUGUUGUUGAGUUAAGCCAGAGAGAGGGAAAUGUGUUGGUGUUGAGGUAAUGGGGAAGCUGUGGGCAAAGGGUCUGAGUGAGAAAGAAAAGUAGUGAGAGUAGUGAGGGAGAAGCAGAAAGAGAGCAGAGAAUGGAUGCAGUGAGAGCAUCCCAGCUGCCAUCAUUACUUGCUUUAGAGUUCUCACCACCAUGCUUGCACAAAAGUGCAGGUUUUCUCUAGUACUGCCUAUUGCCAGUUUUUACAAUUCCUAGUCAAUCUUUGAGAUUAUCCAUCUGUACCACAUGCCUAUACAAACAUCAUUUUCUCUUUUGCAUACUUCAUCAAAUUCCUCCUAUACAUAACUUUUCUCUCAGGUUCUUUGUACUCAUCAUUCAUGCACACUAAUAUUACACAUCCAGAGAAGCUUGCUUGCUUCCUUUUUUUCUAGUCUUGUCAAAUUCUCUGCAUUGAAGGCCCCUGUCUCACUGCCAUACAACAUCAUACUUUCCACAUAAGUAUCAUACAAUUUGCUCCUCACUUUAAGGGAGAGGCUCUUUGUUGCUCGCAGAGGUAGUUAGUUGCUAAUUUUCUUCAUAAAUUGACUAACAUGAAACCAGUUUUUAUUGCUCUACUGUUAGAUUUGAUCUUAAGAAUCUCAAGUCUUUUUGCUAUAUUCCUAACAUCAUUAUAUUUCCUAAGUUAAAAGGCUAAUGUUUUGUUCAGCAGCCAAGAGAAAUCAUUGUUAUAAAUCAUUGUUAUAAAUAUGAAUAAGAACCUAUAAUAAGGAAACAAAACCAUUAGGUUCUUUUCUUUUUCAUAGCUUUCUGAGUAGCUGAGCUCAACAGCAGUUUGUGACUGUUGUUUCCUGUCUAUGAGGAAUAAUAUCAAGUAUUUUGUAUUGUCUUGAAUUAAUAUUUUUUUUCUUUGAUAUCUGAUAAUAUUAUGCAUUUUUCAAAGGGUACAUUCCCUGCUUAUUAAAACCUUGGUAUUUUUUAUCAGAUCAAAUUUUUUUUACAAUUAAUAUUGUAUAUCAUUUUUGCUCAAAAGCCUCCAUAACAAGAUUACAUUUCAUGAACAUUUUUGUUUAACUGCUGAUCAUUUAGAUAGUAUCUUGUUUACUCAUGUGGUUCAACCUGAAAUUGUUUAUUUUUUAUCAUAUCCCUGUAUCACCAUGGCUCCCUAUUUUAUUUGCUAUAUGAUAAUCAUCAUCUGUUCUGGGAUAACAAUGGUAUAUACUAAUAUAUAUAUUAAAGGCUCUGUAUGUGUGUAUGUGUGUGUGUGUAUUUAUAUAUAUCUUCAUUGUUGAUUAAUGCCCACUAUCCUAUGCUUGCAUGGGUCAAACCGAAUUCUUUACAUGUUUUCAACUAAGGUAAUAUUUUCCCUUGGUCAGACAUGUUUUCACAGAAGAUUGGAAGCAAAUGAUACUGCUGAUGCUCAAUUACAGCAAUAACAUGGUGUCAAGACAAGGAAACACACACACACACACACUCACUCACUCUUUUUUCUCUCUUACAUGUAUUAGUGGAUUCUUUCAAUUUCUGUCUAGCAAAUCAAUUGGUUAGCCUGGGGUUAUGAUAGAAGACAUUGGCCAUGCAGAGGCAAUUGUCUUCUAUUAUAGCCACAAAGGACUGGAACUCAAAACCACGAGAUUGGGAAACAAACUUCUUAACCAUACAGCCACGUCUGCUUCCAGCAAUUUAUAUCAUGUGUUUGUAUUUAUGCAUAUAUUUUACUCCAAUAGGGUAUAAUACUUUUGUCCAUUGCUGUGAAGGUGCUGGCCAGAAUGGUCCUGUUGAUAUUAGAAAUUAUUACACAGUGCAGCUUCUUCAUUACAGGACAUUUUCUGGAGAAAUGCAAGGAGCAGUAUUGUGAUCUGUUCCAUUGCUUUUGUGGAUCUGUCAAGAGCUUUUGAUAUUUCAAAUGAAGAACUUUUGAGAGAUGUUCCCAGAAAAUUUGGUUGUCCAUCCAAAUUCAUAAAUUUCCUCUGCCGUGGCACGUCGUGCCGGUGGCACAUGAAAAGCACCAUCCAUUCGUGGCCGUUGCCAGCCUCACUUGGCCCCUGUGCCGGUUGCAUGUAAAAAGCACCAUCCGAUCGUGGCUGUUUGCCAGACUCGUCUGGCAC